AUGAAUAUACCUCUUAGUCCACCGAAGAGGGGGAUCACAAUUGAAAAUGGUCUGCACAACAGAUACGGCCAGAUGUUGUGGAAUUAUAUCCAGCAACUGAGUGAUGAAGCGGUACCAGGCUACGCAAAGCGGCGAGCGCGAUCGCAAUGGCUCACGCAAGAUAUCAGGUUAGCAAGGAUAUGGUCAAUCUCUCAACCCAGGGGUAUGCUACUUGGUAGUGCCGCUUCAAAAGUUGAUUGCGAUAUUCUCUAUUGUUCUGUAUAUGAUAUGCUUGAAGCAGCACGAUCUGGAGAGGUUUUCCAGAAGCCUGUGGUCAUCAAGGAAUUAUUCUCUGAUGCUGGCAUGCACAACUAUGAACGCUUCUUAUCAUUGCUCGAAGAUGCUUUCAACUCUGAGGAACAAGCAGAAGUUCGCUGUAUCAACAUCGAAGAGCCCAUGUGCGAAGCCCUUGGACAAUUUGCCGCCUAUUUGCGUUCGCAUCCUAAAGAUACAAAUGGGUUCUGGAUGUCAACCUCGCGCAGUGUGGCUAGUUGCCAUCGUCCUUUCUUUACGAUGCUUACUCGUUUUCGACUCUUGGAGAGUGUUACCGCAGGUCUUCACGACACCCGCUUCAACUUAGCGUCACCGCCAUUAGGCAUGACUAUGUCUGUCAACUCUAACACCAUUUCUUUUCCCGGCUCAUUUUCUGGUGCGUAUGUCAAUACUGCAGCAGGUAGCUGGCAGCGUAACUUAUCCGGUAUACAACUCUGGGUCUUUGUGCCAGAGGAAGCAGUGGAUCCAAGCGACUUUGCGGGUUUGGCGAAUAGAGAGGAUGAUUGGCUACCGCUAGGGAGGCAACGCUUGGUUGUUUUGAAAGAGAACGAUGUCCUGUUUGUUCCCCCUGGGCUACGACUGGUACAGGUAUGGCACACGCCAGUGACUUGCCUAACGGAACAAGGAUUGUUAUGGAACGAUCUGAGUGUCCUACCGAUCAUAGAAAGCAUACUUGUGGGUCACGAGCAUCAGGCUGCGCAUGAAGGCCGUAAUUCACAGCAACUGUCUCGUAUGAUCAGGAAUCUCGACUGCCUGAUCAGGGAGCAACUUGAUCGAUUUAGGAAGCACAUGGCACGGGAUGAAUUCUUGGCUCGAGACUACUUCAAAUGGUGGUAA